CUUAUAAACUUAGUACUACUAUAUAUACUAGGCAUUAAUGACCACAUAUGUAUAUAUGUUGCGGAAAAAAAUCUAACAUCAGUAUUAGCUAAAUCAGUUGACAAAAAGGGAUUGUGUAUAAUCAUAGAGGAACUAGUCUAUAGCAAAAUGUUGCGUGUUUUUAUUCAUUUUUGCAUAAUUGCUGGAGCUUUUGCUGACUAUGUGGGAAAUGGUUCUUGCCCUGAUGUGAAUGCUGAAAAACCACUUGAUUUGAACCGAAUGAGUGGAUUAUGGAUCAGGUAUGGAGAGGGCGAUCAUUACUGGGACAAGGCACAAAAGUGUGGGCAACAAUAUUGGUCUUCACCUAACAAUGAGGGUAUAUCAACAAUUGUUUCUACUAGCAUUUCGACCAAAAACAACAAGAUGUUGGAAAUUAUAGGUGAGGUGUCUUUGAUUACCAAUAAUAGGGUAAGUUUCAAUCACCAUGUACCAAUUCUGGGAAGUAUCCGUCGAGAAUGCAAUUAUAUUGGCGUUGAUUAUGAUAAGUACAUAGUAGCUUGGACUUGUGUGAAUAACGGAACUACGCAUACUGAAACCCCGAUGAUAUUUACACGAGAGAGAAACCCAACUUUUGAUGUUCUGAAAGUAGCGGGAGAAGUAUACGCUCGCUAUGGUCUUAAAUUAUCGCAUGUAAUCAGAGAAAACCAAGAUUGCAUUUAAAUUAUUUUUAUUUUGUAAUUUUGUGUCUAAACGUCAUUUUUACUUAUGAUGUUGAAUUUUAAUAAAUAAUUUUGGUGAAGUAAAAAAUAA